AUGAAUAGAGCAAACACAGCUAAGGUAAACUUUCGUGAAAAGGAGAAGAAGAUUCUCGAUCAAAUUCUUGGCCAAGGAAAAUAUGAUGCGAGAAUACGGCCUUCGGGCAUCAAUGGCACUGAUGCUUGCUACGUAUCAAUCAACAUGUUUCUUAGGUCGAUAUCUAAAAUAGACGAUUAUAAAAUGGAGUAUAGCGUUCAGCUGACAUUUCGAGAACAAUGGUUGGAUGAACGACUCAAGUUUGAUGAUAUUGGAGGGCGACUUAAAUAUCUCACAUUGACAGAAGCCAACCGAGUAUGGAUGCCGGAUUUGUUCUUCUCAAACGAAAAGGAAGGUCAUUUCCACAACAUCAUCAUGCCAAAUGUAUAUAUUCGUAUCUUCCCCUAUGGUUCUGUACUGUACAGUAUAAGAAUUUCAUUAACACUCGCCUGUCCGAUGAAUCUUAAGUUAUAUCCGCUAGAUAGACAAAUUUGUUCGUUAAGAAUGGCUAGUUAUGGCUGGACAACCGCAGAUUUAGUUUUUCUUUGGAAGGAAGGUGAUCCAGUUCAAGUCGUGAAGAAUCUCCAUCUACCACGAUUCACAUUGGAAAAGUUCUUAACGGAUUACUGUAACAGCAAAACAAAUACAGGCGAAUACAGUUGCCUCAAAGUGGAUUUGCUGUUCAAGCGUGAAUUCUCAUACUAUUUGAUUCAAAUCUACACGCCAUGUUGCAUGUUGGUCAUCGUAUCGUGGGUCUCAUUUUGGCUUGACCAAGGCGCUGUACCAGCUCGCGUAUCCCUUGGCGUAACAACUUUACUUACAAUGGCAACACAAACAUCGGGUAUCAAUGCCUCAUUACCGCCAGUCUCCUACACAAAAGCUAUUGACGUAUGGACAGGUGUUUGUUUGACGUUUGUUUUCGGCGCGCUUUUGGAGUUUGCGCUCGUCAAUUAUGCGUCUCGUUCAGCGGAUAGGGCCGCAGAUAUUCAUCGUGAGAAUAUGAAGAAAAAACGUCGUGAACUGGAGCAGCAGAGCUUAGAUGCAACAUCAGAUCUUUUAGACACCGACAGCAAUGCCACGUUUGCAAUGAAACCAUUGGUGCGACACCCUGGCGAUCCCUUAGCACUCGAAAAGCUAAGGCAGUGUGAAGUGCACAUGGCUCCACCGAAGCGUCCAAAUUGCUGUAAGACAUGGCUCUCCCGAUUCCCCACAAGGCAAUGCUCAAGAUCAAAGAGAAUCGAUGUAAUAUCACGAAUCACAUUUCCGCUCGUAUUUGCACUGUUUAAUCUGGUUUAUUGGAGCACAUAUCUCUUCAGGGAAGAGGAAGAUACAUAAAUCUAAACUUAUCGAACUUUAAUAGUUUUAAUUAAAAGUUUGAUGAUAGCAUAUGAAGGAGAAUUUAUGAAACCACUCACCGCAUUCAUCAUCAAUUUUAUCAACGUCAUCAUCAAAAAAUUUCAUACGAAAU